CAACCAUAUCCUUCUUCUCAAAAACAUAACAAUCUCAACGCAUUCUAUGGGCUCUUAAAUAUAAUGAACAUAUGGGAUAUCUAAUUCGCUAAUGAAAUAGUUCAGCUUGACCUGGCAGCUUGAUACGAUGACAUGAUGGUGCGGUCGUUAUAGAGUACCCACCGAAAUGUAGGACCUAAGUAUCUCAUGUGAGGAUCAACUAAGAGACGAGAUGAUUCAGGGAAUCUUCUAUGCCAGGUUCCUCCCACAGGAAGGAACCAAAAUCGUAGCGCAAUCACCACCAGGAUGCAUCGUAGCCACCACAUACACACCACACCUCAAGCCGCCCCUAGUCGACUUCGACAUAAUCCAGGAGUACAUAAUCCCGCGCAAAGCCUUCUUCAACCGCUUCAUGACGGUCAACUCUCCGGACAACAAAUACAGCAUCCUCGGCUUCCCAGUAUCCAUCCCAGACGAGCGAUACCACCGCAACGAAUUCAUCUUCAACUUCGGACUAGUCGUCGAAUCCGACUGCGACCAAAUCCCCUAUGAGCGACUCGUCCGACGUCUCGCCGUGACCUUUGCCGAAAUGGAGCGGCAGCACGGGUACCUCAGCUCCGGCACCACCACGAUCCCCACAUGCACCCUGACCCCCGAAGACUCCGGGCGGCGGCCCAUAGAAUCGCUUUUAGAAAUCGUCAAAGAAGACUUAAACAACUACGGCGAGUGCAUGAUCCCCGUCGACGACGCCAACACGCUCAACAUGAAACUCUUCCCGUACCAUGCCUCCCCGCCACCGGUGCGGGGAUGGCACGUUCCGGUGCCGAAGAUGAAGCUCGCGGACAUCGUCGACGCGACCUGGGAUUUAACUCUGCAGAAAAUCAUCCCGCACGUCGACGGCGUGAACGACGUGCGGCGCAUAGCCUGGCUUGCCGAUGUGUCGUUGCCGCUGACGCAGAUCGCGCUGCAGCAUUUACUGUAUUACGACACCGUGCUUCUGCUCGAUAUGUUUUUCUUCGGGAGCUGUUAUGCGCCGAGGCCUGGGGUGCAUGAUUUCAUUGCGAACAGGGAUGGGCUGGUCGAUGAGUGUGCGGGGUAUGUGUGUAUCAGCAAUCCGAUACCUGCGGCUAAGGGAGGGAGCGGUGCGGGUGAGCCUUCCGGGGCAAGUGGUGAUGGUGCGGCUAUUAAAGACGCGGUUGAUGCGGCGAGUGUGGCAGGGGGUCAGCAGCAGGGCGUAUCGAAUUACCAGCUGAUUAAGCUGAUGACGACCUUCUGCGCGGGCCGUAGUGUUAUGGAGUGGAUUAAACUGCACCAGGACUCCGGGUUCGACGUGCUGCGACAUAUAGACGUGCGGCGGCUAGUACAGUUCGGGGUGAUCAAGGGGCUGCUGUAUCGCGUACACAAGUACGUCGUAUCGAAGCAGGUACUGGAAUCACUGGCGACGGGACGGCGGGUCGUUCCAGGCGGCGAUGACCGAGAGGAAGAUUCGUUGUUAAGAUAUGCGGAUGGGUCUCAUUGUUUUGAUCAGAUUAUCACCGAGCAGAAUAUGACGGAUGGCGAGAUCAUGAAGAAGUUAAAGAGUCUGGGAUCAGGAGAUAUGACUGUGUUCUAUCGAUAAGGACAUUAGUCGGUGACCUGUAAGAUCUUUGCGAAGUUGUAACAGAGGCCUAAAUAGAAAAUAGCAGACAACUAUGAUAACCCUGUAGAUAUAGGGAAUGUAUCACUACA